GUAUUUAAUGUUCGGCUCCGCCCGAACUUAGACUUUCUUACUUGUUUUUUUUUAAUUUGCUCCAAAUAAUUGAUAUUCUUCUUUUAAAUGAGAUUUCGAAGCCAAUGGCGGAAAGGCUAAAGUCACUUAUAACGAAGCACCGCAAAAAUUAUGUCCGGUUUUUUAAUGACACGCUUAAACCGAAACACCACUUUAUGGUGCAUUAUUUUUCUAUAAUAUUAUUAUUUUCUAUAAUAAUCUGGUCCUACCCGUCAUUAUUGGUCAUUUGAAGCAAAACAUAAAGAUUUCAAAGCAUAUGCUAGAAACAUUACUAGUCGAAGAAAUAUAUGUGUAUCCAUUUAAAAAAAAUACCAACUAAAAUUUGCGAAGUUUUUGCUUGACCCCGAGGAAGGAAUGUAUUCCAUUUCUCCAAGUCAUCUUAUUCUUCAUUCAGAAUAUGAAGAAAUAAUUUACAAUUUCUGCGCUCGAAAUAAGAUAAAUAAAUAAAUAAAUAGUUUUCGCUGCUAUUCCCAAUGUAUUUAUCGCUCUAAGAAAUAUAUAAAAGGUUGUUUCAUUGUUCAAUACGAUGACAAAAUUUGUGCUGAAAAUGCUUUAGUUUAUGAAAUAAUUGAAGUUGCUAUUUUCACGGAGUGCGACUCAGUUCAUCUUAUUUGUCAGCGAAUAAAAAUACAACAAUAUAAUAAACAUUUUGCAGCAUACGUUGUACAUACUCCUGCAAUAUUAAAUCAACGUGAGCUAAUCGUUUUAUCUGCUGAAAUUUUGUCUGGUCCACCAAUAAAUGGACAUAAAACUACGCGUUGAAAAAUGAUGAUUCGUCCAACACAAUUUUGCUAACGCCUAAAAUACAAGCCCAAAAUAAUAACAUAGUAUUAGUUCUAGGAGAGUUUUAGCAAGAGAGUAAAACUUAAUGUCAUGGAACCGGUAGAACCAGUCGCAAUGUUUGUUUCCAGCGCAGCUUGCACAUCUUCAAACUUCCUCAAUUUUGAUGAAAUCACAAAUGAAGCAAAUUCUAAAGGGAGUCAUGCAACCCAAACUGUGAACGACAUGCACGUUUUAAGUUGCUCACCGAACAUAAUUCAAGAUAAAAAUGGACCGAAUUACUCUCUUGGAUUGGAAAGUCGUUAUGGUAGCAAUGAAAAUCGAACUGAAUUAGCUAAUAUUCCGUGCAGCUGGAAUUUGGGACAAGUAUACGAUUUCUUCGUGCAGCAACAAUUGUUUAUAGGCAUCCAAAGCACUUAUCAAAAACAAUGGCUGAAAAUCUUUUUGUAAACACUGAUCUUUCCCUUGGUGGUCGAGUGGAGUUUGUUUUUAUCAAUGGUCUCAAUGGAUCAAAUCCUUUGAAAAGUCC